UAAGUAAUAUUUUGAUAAAUUAGAUAUUAUUCCGGUGUUGUAAACUUAGGAUUUUUAAAUAUAAUUAUAAAAGAUUUUGGCAUAGUUUUUUUAUUAUUGAGAGUAAAAUAUUUAUUUUCAUAGAGUGAUACUUGUAUACAUCUUUAAAAAAAAAUGUUAAGUUCUGCUAUUCGCUUAGUGUGUCGACAUAUGCGACCAAAUUCUAAAAAAAAUAUCAAACUAUACUCUGUUGCUACUCAACCUCUAGUAGUACCUGAUCCUGACGGAACUGUUCAAGCUUCACCAAAACUUGAAAAAUUAUAUGAAGAAAUAACAUCUUUGAAUAUGAUUGAAGUUGCUCAGUUUAGUGAACUAUUAAAAGUUCGAUUAAAUCUUAAAGAUGUACCAAUGGGAGCUGUAGUUAGCACAUCUGCUGCUGCACAAGAAGAAGAAGAAGAAGUAGCUCAAACUGUUAAAACUAGUUUUACUGUUAAACUUAUGAAAUUUGAUGAAAAACAAAAAGUUGCAUUAAUCAAAGAAGUAAAAAAUUUGUUGGAUGGCAUGAAUUUAGUACAGGCUAAAAAAUUUGUUGAAAGUGCUCCUGCAGUUGUCAAAACUGAUAUUGGAAAAGAUGAAGCAGACAAAUUAAAAGAAGCGCUUUCUAAAGUUGGAGCAGAAUGUGUUAUUGACUAAUUUAAAAUAAUUUUACUAUUUAAUAUUUUUUUUGCAAAGUUUUAAUUUUACCUAGUUUAAUUAGUAAUUUCAUUUUAAAUAUAAAAUUAUUUAUGAUAUUAAAUUGAUUAUUAAAUAAUAAAUUUUAUUAUUUUUCAUAUUUCA